UUUAAAAUGCAUUCAUUCCGCUCCAUCCUCGGAUGCAUACGGCGUGGGGAUCUCAUGCAAUCAAUCGACAUCAAGGAAGCCUAUCUCCACGUGCCAAUACACCCAUGUCAGAGACGCUUCCUCUGCUUCGCUUACGACAAAUGGCAUUUUCAAUACAAGGCCAUGCCGUUUGGACUGUCCUCGGUACCGAGGACGUUCACAAAGAUUCUAGCGGCCUUGGCGGCUUCGUUGAGGGAGUGAUCCAUCUGCAUUGUUUGUUACCUGGACGAUAUUCUGCUUUUGUGGGCCUCUCCUCCCCAGGCACAUCGGGACAGACAGACUGUUAUUCAUAUCCUGCAGAGCCAUGGUUUCGUCCUCAAUUUAGACAAGAGCCAUCUUUCUCCAACGAUGACCAUUCUACACCUGGGGGCGAUUAUAGAUUCUUUACAAGGCCGUGUAUUUCUCUCCCCGGACUGCCAGACCAGUAUCAGGGACAUUGUACACCGGAUUCUAUCAAUGACCUCUGUGCCACUCCACUUGUUGUCCCAAAUCUUGGGAAAGUUCAUUUCUUGCAUUCACAUUGUGCCGUGGGCUCGCCGCCACUCCCGUCAACUGCAGUGGUUCCUGCUUCCUUUUCAACGGACAGGUCAGUCAGAAUCAUUAACCAAAGUUCUGGUCCCCCGUCGUGUGCGGGAGUCUCUUCGCUGGUGGGUCUUUCCGGCGCUUCAAUCCGGGACUCUCUUCCUCGAGCCUCAGCGAGUUACAAUUACCACGGAUGCCAGCCUAUAUGGCUGGGGCGCACACCUGGACUUGACUCUUGCGCAAGGGACUUGGUCCCCUCUGGAACGACAACACAGUAUCAACUGGUCAGAACUACGGGCGGUGAGACUCCGCCUCAAUAUCAAGAAAACUGAGUACUUAGACACUGUCAUCACCCCUGGAAUGAAAGGAAGGAAGGAAGGAAGGAAGGAAGGAAGGAAGGAAGGA